AUGGAGGUUGACGGUUACGAAAACCCGAAGGUUUUGCGCUGCGAGGGGGAGCCGAAUCGGUCCUCUUUCGAUUGGUGUCCAACCGGUCCUCCCCCCAAUGCCGCUGAGCUAAACGCGAUGUUUUGCUUUCAAUUAGGAGGAGGCGGUGACAGUAAUUUUGACCAGCGUCCCGUCGUUGCCUUCUUCCCCUUGACAUGA